GUUUCCUCGAAAUAUAUCGAUUCCUGAUCGGAUUUAGAUGGGAAGCGCUGAUCAGGUGCUGCUGAUUGAUCACCAGUUAGCUGAGCUGACUGAGGCGUAGCUCCGCCUACGGUCUAGCUAUCCCCCUCUCGAACAGCUCGUGCUCGCUAUCUGUCCAAGCUCUCGUCUCACACCGCUCUGAUCUCUUAUUUGACAAAUAAACGUUCGCCAGUGCAGAGAUGGUGAAAGUGAGAUUUACGAGAGAGGAGUAUGAAGUGAUGAAAAAGUUUGAGCAAAGACAUCAUCCGGAUAUCUGGAAAUGGAUUAUGGAUAAGGUGGGCAAAAGCGAAAACUUAGAAAUUCUGGAUGUAUCGGAAGAAGCAUGUGUAUUUGCAAUUUCACUAGCUGAAGCACAUCCAGAUAACAAAUUGACUAUCAUCGCCAGAGGAGAGAAGCCAGACUUUGAUUUGCCUUCCAAUGUAACUUUCAAGAAGGGUGACUUUCGCAGAAACUUCAACGACAUUGAGAAUAUUGGACCAUUCGACCUUAUUAUCCUCAACGAACUCACUCACGAAGUUGCAGACAUGGCAGCAUUCCUCAAGAAGUUGAAACUUCUUCUCAAAGAAAAUGCACCUAUUAUCAUUUUGACGCGACCGAAGAAUCCACCACUUCCUGUCCCUGAUAAUUGCUUGCUGCUGUGGAGGAAACUCGCACCGACUCGAGAGGAAAUCGGUGCUGCUGUGAAAGCGGCUGAGCUCAAUUCUACCACAUUUUCCGCUGCUGUACCAGUUUCAGUAGAACGGUUUGACUGGGAGAAAAUAUUGAAUUCAGGAUGUUUUCCAGCCGUGAAAAAUACACCGAAAUGCACAGAGAAAGAAAUUAGAGAUUAUUGUAAUAAUAUCUCAGGAAAAGUGGCAUUUGAAGAAAAGCUGAGCAUUUUUAUCCUAAAAAAUCCUUAGACUGAGGGUAGAAAAUGGUUAGCUUGACGGUAAAUCUUCUCAAUAAUUAAGAUGUUGUUACGCGUGCGGUAUUUCUGUUGACCAAGUUAUUGCUAUUUUUGAGCCAUAGUUCUGCUCAAAGACCUUGUGAUCUUGACAACUCACAUUAUAAAGGGCAGCACCAUAUAUUUAUGCAUUUGAUUAUUCG